GGCAAUCAAUGAAACCACUUGUCACACUUAAGCAGCUAUAUAUUUUGAAUAGGAAUAAAAUAACAACUUUGGAUAAAAACUAGUUUGACGGCGUAAAUUCAAAUCCGUGAUCGGAAUCUGUCACAAACCGUAUUCGAUUGAGUGAGAAAUGCUUCCUUCUUACUUCUGAUCUGUCCGUGUCAACCAACCAUAUAAAGCAAACAAGAUUUGUGGGAGUGGACGGGUAUAAAAGUCGUCAAUAAGUGGAGUUCAUCAUCAGUUCAAUUUGAUCUAAAUACCCAAAACCAACUAAAAAAAAUGAAGACCUUCAUCGCCCUCACCCUCUUGGCUGUGGCCUCUGCUGCUCCCUCUGCUGACAAGCCCGAGCCCACCUACGAGCCCCGUUAUGAGCCCCGAUACGCCCCCGCCCCUUACAAGCCAGCCUACAAGCAACCCGCCUAUGAGGAACCUCCCAAGUAUGAGUACCAAUAUGCCGUAGCCGAUCAUUACUCCGGUGCCGACUUCAACCAGAACGAGGCCCGUGACGGUUAUGCCACCAACGGCGAGUACCGCGUUGUCCUUCCCGAUGGCCGUACCCAAAUCGUGACCUACACCGUUCAAGACAAUGAAUCUGGAUACGUGGCUGAUGUCAAAUACGAGGGCGAGGCUUCAUACCCUGAGGAGAAGCCUUCGUACAAGCCCGCUUAUAAACCCGCUUACGAACCCGCUCCUGCCUAUGAGGCCUAGAUGCAAGGAAAACUUCAAUAUUUAUCGCAGUAUCUAUUCGCAAUAAAUGUAUUUGGUUUCUAAACAGCAAAAUCAAAUCAUGCAGG